CAAACACCAUUCGUCCAGUCACGGGGAAGAGGUCAGUCCAGCUAGUCGUGUCUUCCCUCCCCUCACCUGUCCUCGGUUAGGCAUUCCCGACCACCAUGAAGCUCUGGAAGAGUUCUUCGUCAGCCUUACCGAUGUUUUCACCAUCGCUAGGUCGUCUGUCCUUCACCUGGGUGUUCGUUUUCGUCGCUCUUCUGCAGAUGCAGCACACGGCAGCUGAGGACAACUUGCAGUACGAGAGCCUUGAACACCAUCUUCAGGAAAUACUUGCCAUCGAAAAAGACUUUGAAUUUGAUGAAGGACUGGAAGAUGACAUCGAAGUGGCCGACGACCUGGAAGACGAUGGACUUUUGACGAAGGAUGACCUCCGAGACCUUCAAGAAGUCAUGGCUUCUUUGUACAAGAGUUCCACUAGCAAGGCUAUGAUAAACGCAACAUUAAAUGGAACGACAACGGUGACCACAGGCAACACCUUCAAAUUUUACAGUCACGAUGGAUUCUCUGUGGUCCGCUACCCAAAUAACUUCCUGCGACACUUUUGCUUUACCAUGGGUCCAUCAGUAGCAGGCAUGUACGUAAACUGCUCUUACUUCAGGGUACAAAGGAGUAGUACUUGCUUCAAAGAUCGCAUGGUUAUCUACUCACCCCCCCUUAACAAACUCAUUAGGCUGUGCGGAAGACACCAUGGGUAUAGUCACACAUUCUCUGAUGCCGUCUGCUUCUCGUUCGUAACCAACCGGAGAAUAAGAAGGCCCGGAUUUUGCUGCGAGAUGACUCCGAUUCCAAUGACAACCACAACUACAACCACCACAACUACAACCACCACAACCAAACCCACCACAACAGCACCUCCCCCUUGCUGUGGACCCACACCUACGGUCCCUGCUAACAGAAAAGUUGUGCGCACUUGCGCUGAUUUGCUGCCUGGAUUUGGUUACUGCAAUUGUACAAACUUGUCGAAUGGUGGAAUAUGUCUUAUCUGCAGUUUCUGUCAAACAUGUGACCUGCGAUUCUUCACAGUACACGACUUCUCGCAAACAAAAAUCUAUCAGUACUACACUUUCCCUUGCACCAACUGCACUUUGGAUCUUAGAACCUAUGAUUAUGCGCAGUAUGUUUAUGGGUAUGUUAACUGCCUAAACCCGCCUACACACGUCACACUUCCUACUUAUCCAAAUGCGACUCAGGUCGUUGCAGUAUUCUGUCCGAUACCAUCAAAUUUCGAUAUCUGUGCAUAUUUCCAAUCUCUAAUAACUGGAUCAGGGAGAAGACUUUCCUCGGAAAAGGGCCAACGAAAGGAAAUUGGACAUCUUGCAAAAGCAUGCAAUGGAUUUAGACAUCUUACUCUUCUGGAAGUACUUUUUAACUCCUCCUUAAUAGCUGAUCCAGGGACAUAUCGAGCAAUAACGAUCAUAGGACAACCCUGCGCCAAUUUAACUGAAGGUGGAAUCAUAGAUUUGUCUGAAUUCACAAAUGUUGAAGUAAUAAACCUAAACCUCUGCAACUGUGGAUCCAUAAUUCUGAACUCUUUGUGCAUCAAGCAAGUCACCAUUAGCCUUCCCAACAAUUCAAGCUGCACUUCUUGCAACGUCACUAACCAAGCUCCGACACAACCAAAUGUCAUCUGUCCUUAAUCUUCUCUACUGCAGAAUAUCAUCACAUAAGACAAGACCGCCAGCAGGUUUGAUGGAAAAAAGAGGAUUUUCACAACACCUAAGAAAGAUAUAGCAUUAUAUCAAACUAAAUGAAGAUUCAAGAUAAAUUAUAUCAAUCAAACUAAAUGAAAACUAAAGAUAACAUAAUAUCAAACUAAAUGAAGAAUCAAGAUAAAUAUAUAGAAAAACAUGGAAAAAAAUUGUAGCAAGCAUAAGAGGCUGCAAGAAUAUCAACAGUAAAACAAAAGCACACAGACACAAGCACAAAAGAGUAUAGUAGUGUUUAUCAAGAGCCAAAGAUUUCCUGGUUUUGGGUUUUCCGUUUCUUCCAAACGUAACCACCAACAAUCAUUAUAGUUCUCUUACCAAUUCUCGAGUAAAAUCACAUCGAUUUCAGAACUAAAAAUCGAAACUUCCUGAAACCUCGACUCACCACUGCAUUUAAUUAUGGACUUAAGGUACGAUUUAAACUGCACAUUCAUGACACCCCAUUUGUUUAUGAUCUGCCUAUUUAUGUUGAAUGCCUUUGAUUUGACUUCUGUUACUUAACGGUAAAAAAAAGUUUAAUCUUUUCUCAUGAGUCGGUUUCUUUAUCAAACUUUACAAAAACUUGGAAAAUUUUAAAUAUAAAUUUCUUGACAACCAAACCCAUCAUAUUCCUAACGUACAAAAUAUGAACUCAAUAAAAAACAGUGAAGGUUAGAAAUAUGAAAUUUAGCAAGAAUAAAAUAAAUAAAUAUGGACGAUCGUUAAUGAAAGAUGAAUGUACUACUAAACUGUUGAUUACUAUUAGCUUUUGCUUACUAGUUUUCUCUCUUUACGCUGAAACAGGUGUUUCUGAUGACUAGCUAACUAUGUAAUGAUCAGGAAAAGAAAAAUUACCAUGUUGUUUACUCUCAUUUUACUUCUGCCUCCGUAUAUAUAAGUAUUCAGCUGUAGCAUUCCAGCCGUCACAAGCAAUAAUCUGUGCAAUGGAAGUGGACCGAUAACCCCAAGGCAAUCACAUGUCUUUUGCUCUGAGCCAAGUUCAACAUACAAUCAACAUGGUGGCGGCGAACUAUUGCGCUUAGUCAACUGGAAACAAAUUUUGAAGAACUGAUAUAGAAGAAAAAAAAACAAGAUGGCAGCAGAUGUAACAUGAGGCGUCUGCAAUGGUUGAUCUUUUGGACAAAGAAAAUCCGGACGUGAUUCUCAGCAACUGCAAAAACUAGUGUUACCCAAAAUCUAAGAAGGAGUCACAGUCACUUCAAUUUUGACAGAUUAGAAUUCUUCCAUUCCUUCUUGACUGGACUAGAGCUUCAGCUGAAUAUUGUAAUUUUGCAGAGUGAGUUAGCUUGUAACGAGAUAAGACUGUGUUUUCCAACUUGGAUUUGAGCAAAGCUCAAAAGAAAAGUAUAGUGCAUGGACAAAGCCAUCAAUUAGUAAAGCAUUCUCUGAGUGAUCAGAAAGCACAAGAAAACUCUAGGAGGGUUAGUGGUGAUGGAAAGUCCUGUGGAUAACACCACCAAUCUGAAGUUUUAGUGUAAAUUUUGGGGUAAGACUUAAGCUACUGAAAAGGUCAAAAUCAUUUCAACUCUGGCUUUCUGAAUAUGCUUGGAUGCAAAUUAACAUAGGAGAAAGAAUGUAAAGAGACUGCACUGCAACCAGUAAGCAACUUGCUAAAAGGGGCUAACUAUUGAGCAAUAAGCUAACUGCCAUUAACAUCGUUCCUUCUCUAAAUUCUUUCUUCUUCAAAAUACUGCAAACCAUCAGCGCUAAGACCACUCACCAGGAAAGCCCUGUUAAUAAAAUUACUACAAAGUAAAAGGCCUGAAAUGCUUGGGUUAUAUGGUCGUUCAUGAAAUUGAAGCAGUAAAUGUGGUUUGUUAACAUUAUGAAAAGUCUUGGAGAAGAGACACCGAAAGAGGAAGCGAUAUGCAAUUCUGCAAAAGCUGCAUGAAAAUGUUGUGUAUCUUAUAUUACGAUGUGAUAGGAAAAUACAGAGGGACGACAAGCCUCCAAUCGUGAGACUUCCUUAUACAGAACCUGUAUUUAUUAAUACACUCACUUUAUCAAAAGGUCAAUGUAUAACUGCUGGCGUAUUACAAUCAAUAUUCUGUCCGCAAGAGACUUUGAGCAAAUCAUUAAAUCAAAAUUUUAAAAAUGAAUCUAAGGAGCUUCAAGAAACCUCAUCCUGCUUCUUUUCACAUCACUAACCAGAUGUCUUCUUUACGUAACAAUAAGAAAAGAUCAGAUACUCUCAACCACUACAAAGAAGUAUCUCUUUUUGUGUUCUUUUAUUGAUGGUGGUGGGAAAUUAUGCAUCAACUUAUCUGUUCAAAUUACUGAUCUUCUUACAAGAUUUAUUUUCUUUCUCUUCGCUUUGGUAUUGUUCUUCAGCUUGUUUUCCUAGCAAUUGUAAUGUAAACAAGUGAUCCACAAGAAGAUGAAAUCCUCCAUGCUACUAAUAGAAAAGAAAUUUUGUUAGUUAUUCACGACUUCAUCCAAGCAAUCAAAGUGAAACUGAGAAUCUCGUCUUGUAGUGGACCAUUGUAAAUUGCAAAAGGAAAAUGGUGGUGGGAAUAUAAUCAUUUUUCUUCAGUCAUUAUUAGCAAAUGUAUUUACACAUAUCUUUGGUUUGUUUGAAGUGCAAAACUAUAUUUUGUUAACGCUACCCCCAACCUAGCACAUUCAAAGGUAUCAACAUUGAAAGGCAAACUUCUAUACACCGAAGUCCAUUUGGAAAAUAGUGGACAAAAUAUACGCAAGGCAUUGUCAUUAUUUACAAUACAUUUAUGAAUUUUCAUUUUUGACACCGGAAAUGUAAAUUGAAGUCCUACAAGGGUACUGUAAAAACAGUUUUCUUCAAAAAUAUCUUUUAAUGUUCAUUAAACUACUUUGAUGUAGUCAGAGUAACACCAUUGAAAGCUGGAAUAAAUUUGUCCUUUACAGUCACAGUGAGGCUUUACUCUCAUUCAGUUAAUGUAAGAUCGUUCAGCUUCAUAUUAGAAUAUUUUUGUGAAUGUAAUUUUAUUUUGUUAAGUAAACUGGACAAAGUCUUCCCAUGACUUAAGGAUGUUACUUUAGGAGAACCACAUAGUAACCAACCAUAACCUUUAGGGAAGCUAUCAAUCUUCCGCUUAACAGGUCAAAGGUCAGCAUCAUGUUAUGGCUUUGUGGGGGAAAAAUGACUAAUCUGAAAUUAUUUUGGCUGUGACGUUGCCUUCCUUGCAUUGCUCUGACAUGCCCCAUACUACAAUGUUACUGGAACAGUUUGCAUCCUGUAUCGUGUGCCUGACACUAACACCUGUACGAAUUAAGAUGAAGGACCCUGAUUUGGUACCUAUGGUAGUGUUGCUUUGACGUUGUUGGUGGCUAAAUAAAUGAAAGGUAAAUAUUAUACUUCUCAUACGAAUACGAAUUGCUCUGAGGAAGCAACUACACACAAUGAAUUAAUUUUAAUAUAGAAGAAGCAUAAAUAAGGAUGUUUUACUCUGAUAGAUUUGAUUUAGAAUAACCUUUCCAAAAAAUAAAUGGACUUCAAAUCAAA